GCCGGCGGGGCCGGCCCUGCCCUGCGCGGGCCGCGCGUGCGCACCCGAGGCCGCUUCCGGUUCCGGCGGGCGGCGCGUCUUCUUCCGGGGUACCCCGGCGCGGCGGCACCAUGGCCCGGAACGCGGAGAAGGCGAUGACGGCCUUGGCAAGAUUCCGGCAAGCUCAGCUUGAGGAAGGGAAAGUUAAGGAGCGAAGACCUUUCCUUGCAUCAGAGUGUAAUGAAUUGCCUAAAGCUGAGAAAUGGAGGCGACAGAUCAUUGGGGAAAUUUCCAAGAAAGUGGCGCAGAUUCAAAAUGCUGGAUUAGGUGAAUUCAGAAUUCGGGACCUGAAUGAUGAGAUAAACAAACUUCUGAGGGAGAAAGGACACUGGGAAUUCAGAAUAAAGGAGCUUGGAGGUCCUGAUUAUGCUCGGAUUGGACCGAAAAUGUUAGAUCACGAAGGGAAAGAAGUUCCAGGAAACCGAGGUUACAAGUAUUUUGGAGCUGCAAAGGAUUUACCAGGAGUUAGAGAGCUUUUUGAAAAGGAACCCCUCCCACCACCUCGGAAAACGCGAGCUGAGCUUAUGAAAGCCAUUGAUGCAGAAUACUAUGGCUACAGGGAUGAAGAUGAUGGUAUUCUGGAGCCGCUGGAACAAGAACAUGAAAAGAAAGUUAUAGCAGAAGCAGUGGAAAAAUGGAAAAUGGAGAGAGAAGCACGACUUGCAAGAGGGGAGGAGGAGGAGGAGGAAGUAAAUAUCUAUGCUGUCAAUGAUGAUGAGUCUGAUGAGGAAGGUGGCAAGGAAAAAGAAGGUGAAGAAGGCCAACAGAAAUUUAUUGCACAUGUUCCAGUGCCAUCUCAACAGGAGAUUGAGGAAGCUCUUGUACGGAGAAAGAAGAUGGAGCUUCUUCAGAAGUAUGCCAGUGAAACCCUCAUGGCACAGAGCGAAGAAGCAAAAACACUUUUAGGAUUGUAGCAUUGCACCAGAUGACUUGGCUCUUCAGUGCUGAAAAAGACCAGACCUAGGUUAGCUUGUCUGCAUCUUCAGCAACUGUCCUCGGUCCUUCCACGGUGAAACGGUCUGUGCAGUGGUGCCUCUCACCCGACAGAGCCCCAAACCAGUGACUCCUUAAAUCCUGAAGGAAAGCUGAAUGGUGUUACUGCCUUUCUGUCCGCUGUAUCCUGGCUGUAAGUGUACACAUCUUUCUCCUGUUAAUACAUGCUGAGCCGAGUCCAGAAGUAACUUAAUUUGUUACUCCUGGUUCACUUACCAGGAUAGCCUAGAAGCUGUUCACAGGUACCCUGAUGGCAAAUCUUACCAGUGACUUUGAAGUUGAUGUGGUUCUUCAUAUAAACACAUGCAGUAUGUCUAAAAGCUGUUACCCUUUUUGUGGUUUGUAACCGUGCCUGGGUGAAUUGUUUAAAUGCUGGAUAUUUCAGCUAUUGUAAAUACUUCCAACUUUGCAAUACCUUGCUCAAAAAUUUUUACUAAAAGCUUACUUGCAACCUGA